CAGGAAGCGUGAUGGCCGCAGUCACACUCAUCCCUGCCGGGUGAUUUAGCGCUGAAUCUGCCAUAGUACCACUUCCUUCAUCGGUUAUUAGUUGUACCUACUUCCUACAGCUUUGGGCGUGCACCACUUUUAUUUCUCAUAUCAAGAUCUGUGAUGGUGGUGAACAAAUAUGGAACAGUAAUGUCAGAACAACACUCGCUAACUGAGCUAUUUAUAUUAAGAGUUUCUGGAAGAUGAUUAGAUGAUAUACAACACCUUUGGCUGCAACACAGUUUCCAGUGAAAGGUCAUUUUAGGUGGAGUAAGCGGAGUACACCACAAGGCCUGGGGGAAAGCUGCAGGGGCUACAGAGGCUCCGUCCUCGGUCAUGGCCAAGAAUGGAUACUUCUAUCAGGAAAUGGAGCAGAGGGAGCGAGACAGGCAGGAGGAAGGGAGCGAGGACCGGGAGGAGGGUCAGGACUCUCCUAUCCCAUCAGGAGAUGACAUUCAUCUCUACGGCAACCAGACACACCAAGGAGGGACAGAUUCUGACAUCCAUGGCUGUGUCUUGCUUAAUACAUCACGUAGAUAUGUAAAGCUCAUGAACUUUGAAGAGGAGGUGAGGGCUCACAGGGAUUUGGAUGGCUUCUUGGAAAGAGCGAGUAUCCUGCUGCAUGAGGACGAGGCGUCGCUGGACGACGUGCUGAAGACAAUGCUCCGGCACAUCUCGCAGGACCCACACACGGCCGAACCCAGCUGUAACUUUGAGGAGAUCAUGAGCUCGCUGUUCACCGAUGCCGGCUCACAGGAGGUCAAUGACAGGUCUCCCAAUUUCCUUUUCUAUGAUAAGGUGCACUUGCUGUCGGAGACGCUGCAGUGUGUGACAGCUACGGCCACGGGCAUCCAGUACCAGCAGUCUUGGCUCUGCAUCCUCUGCAAUGUGAAGACCUUACAAAGGCGGCAUGUGUGCAUCUCUCGGUUGGACCGGCCUCAGAACUGGGGGGAGAAUUGUGCUGAGGUCCGCUAUGUCAUCCUUAUACUUGCACCGCUUAAGAUGAAAAGCACUAAGACAGCAAUGGAGUUAGGCCGGACGUUUGCAAGCAUGUUCUCAGACAUUUCAUUCAGGCAGAAGCUACUGGAGAGUAAGACUCCAGAGGAGUUUAAAGAAGCACUGGUCAUUCAGAGGUACCACCUGACUGCUGCCAAGCGAAAAACUACCGCUGUUGAGGAGGAAGAGACUGACCCACACAGCCACAAACCACUCAAGUCUGCAGUCUCUGCUCACCUUGUGUCUCUCUCUCUGCUGUGCAGGGGGCUUUGUUGUAGAGAUUUUUUCAGAGUGGGCAGAGGCAUCUACGAGGAUCUGUGUCGCCGUCUGCCUUUCUAUAUCUCAGACUUUACUGACGGCAUAGUGGGCAACAAUAAAGCACUAGUGAAGUAUAUGACAACGUCCAUUUUCCUCUACAUUGCCGUUCUGCUUCCUGCCAUCGCGUUUGGAUCACUCAAUGAUGAAAGCACACGAGGAGAAAUAGAUGUUCAGAGGACGAUCAUUGGGCAGAGUAUAGGUGGAAUCAUCUAUUCGCUGUUUGCGGGUUCUCCCCUGGUUAUUCCUCUAACUACUGCACCUAUCGCCAUCUUCAUCAGUGUAAUCAGAGGUAUCUGUGAUGACUAUGACCUGGAAUUUAGUGCGUUUUAUGCCUGCAUCGGUCUAUGGAACAGCCUGUUCCUCAUCAUCGGAGGGGUCUUCAACCUCAGUCUACUCGUUAAGCUUUUCAAGAGGUCAAUAGAAGAGGUGAUAGCUAUGUUCAUUUCAGUUGCUUUUGUAGCAGAUGCUCUCAAAGGCACGGUCAAGAUCUUCCAUAAGCAUUACCAUCCUCCUACAUUGGCCAAUGGUAGCAUAGAGGAGCUGCAACGAAUAAGUGCAGGGCUGAAUGCAGGAGAGACGAACCUCACCGGGGCAGGGUUACUAUCAUUCCCAGAAUCCUUCAUUUUGUGCACACGAGCACGGCCACUGCUUUGCCUCCUUCUUAUGCUCGGCACCUUGUGGGUUGGGUACACACUCUACCAGUUUAAGAGAAGUCCCUUCCUGCAUGCAAAAAUGAGGGAGAUUCUGUCAGACUGCGCUCUGCCCAUCUCUGUGCUCAUUUUCUCCUACGUUGGCUCCUACAUCUUCAGUGACAUUGGCUUGCCCGUGUUUAACCAUCAUGAGGGUGCAUUGUUCCGAGUCGCCGCCUUGGAAAAGCUAUCAGGAGUCAGUGUGGUAUGUGCCAUGGGGUUAGGCUUCCUUCUUGCUCUGCUCAUCUUUAUUGACCAGAACAUCGUGGUGUCCCUGACCAAUGCCCCAGAGAACAGGUUACUGAAAGGUACAGCCUAUCACUGGGACCUAACAUUGUCUGGCCUGAUUAAUAUUUUGAUGUCGUUGCUGGGGCUACCUUGGAUGCACGCUGCUUUUCCUCACUCCACGUUGCAUGUGCGGCAGUUGGCCAUUGUGGAAGAACGUGUGGAAGGAGGACACCUUUAUGAGACUAUUGUAAGUGUGAAGGAGACCAGGGUAACAUCACUGCUGGCGAAUAUCCUGAUUGGUGUGAGUGUGUUCCUGCUGCCUGUCCCACUGCAAUGGAUUCCUAAACCUGUACUCUACGGCCUCUUCCUCUACAUCGCACUCACAUCCAUCGACGGUAAUCAGAUGUGUGACCGCAUGGCACUGCUACUCAAAGAACAGACAUCUUACCCCCCAACUCACUACAUCCGGAAGGUACCACAGAGGAAAAUCCAUUAUUUCACUUUCCUUCAGAUGGUGCAGCUGCUGUUCCUCUGUGCAUUUGGAAUGUACCCGCUCCCGUACAUGAAAAUGAUCUUCCCUCUGCUAAUGUUUAUCCUUAUACCUAUCAGGAAUUGUGUGCUGCCCAGGAUCAUUGACGCCAAAUACCUGGACAUCAUGGACGCACAGCACAUGUAAACAUGUGCACCAAAAAAAAAAAAAAAAAAAAAAAAAAAGGUCUCUGGGAAUUGUAUUUUUGAAAUGCUAAACUCUGGGAGGAAAAACAGACUGAUUCUAGAGUUGUGAAGCAGUCAUUAUGGUGAAGCACUGUAACAGAAAAAGAGCAAGAGAGAGAAGGAGAAUAUAAAGCUUAAAAGGCUGACUAGAUUCCUGUCUGUUUGAUCUUAGUCAGUCAAUGCUUCUCUCGCUGUUUUCUCAUGCCAAAGCUUCUCUCUUUGGUUAAUUCUUACGUACCUCUGUCUCAUUUUGUAGAUCACUCACUUGAGUUAUAAAACCAUGAAUCACACAUACUCGCAUUACGUGGCAGUUGAAUAUUAUACUGACAGGAAGAGCCUGGUGACUGAUUAAGCUCUUCUCGUAUCGUUUCUGUUACCAUCCAAAAGGUCACCGAACAAGUGGAAGUGAAGUGAAGUGGAUCUAUCUGUAGCAAUACCUCUUUGAUGUUGACAAUUCACACAUACAAAACAAACCGGAUGACCCUUCAUGACUUCACUUUCCUUCAGGUGAAGGGUCACUCUGUCAGCUCAUACAUGACAUGAAACCAUAUUGUCGAUCGUGCACAGUCCGCCGUGUUGUGGUGCAUAUCAUUGAUAAUGUGUGGUGCAUAUAUUAAGAACAACAUCAAAACAGACCAAAAGAACACACGUACCCUGCUUGAAACUGUGUCUCAUAGCAAUACAGUGAUUAUAGAAUAUGAAUAUUUUAGAUAUUUCUUUGAGAAAGAUUAUUAUCGGGGUUGAUAUAUUUCCAGGAUACAUGGUGUCAUGUGUUCAGAAUGUAACAUUAGUGCUGAUGCUUCAGGGAUAGGGCAACGGGUCCAGAAGACGAGAGCUAUUUCCCACGUACACACUGCAGAACAAACUAUACGACUAUAAGCUUUUGCAUAUUAUAAAAACGUCACCACUGUUUGUCCUCAGAAUGCACAGAAACACACACACAAACAAACAAACAAACAAACAAAGAUAAAUGAGAAUAAGCAUGUACUUAUAAACUUAAACUAGCAUGCUUGCUCACACACCUCCUGGCCCUAUGUUACAACACACACACACACACACAUACAUACAUAUAUGUAUAAGAAUAUAUACAUACGUAUGUGUAUGCGUGUGUGUUUGCGUGAAAAUAAAUAGAGCAUGGCUUUUAUAAGAUGCCAAAACCUUUUUUUUACAAUGAUGGAAUUUCAUGUAAGAGAGAAUGAAAUUCUCAGUGUAAUGCUAGUUUUGUAUAUUACACCCACACACAAGACUUUUGAAAAUGUUAUAAUUGUCUAUGCUGGAUACCAGAACAGCUAUGAAGCUUUCCAGAGAAUACUAGACUACAAUGAUCUCUCUUGGUUUGUUACAGCAAUAUAACCAUUUUCAAAUUGCUCUCAAAAGCUGACAAAUAUUUAAUCACUGACUAUUUUUCUGUAGAAGAAUCUAAGUAAUACAUUUAAGUAAUAAUCUUAAGACUCGUUCUCAAAUUCAAAACACAGUGAUUUAAAAUUCCCAAAUAAAUCUCUCAGAAUUGAUGUUUCUAAUACUGAGAGACAGACAAACAGGGGACUGAGAGAGAAAGAGAGAGAGAGAGGGAGUUUAUGAAAGAUCGAAGCCCUUGAGGAUAAAUUAUGGACAGGUUUGAGACAGCACACCACCCCACAGUGCUGUGGACCUACAGCAUCGCAAGAAUGUGAAUAGUGGAUAUGUAGAUAAGAUGUAGAUGUGGAUAAGUGGAUUCAACUCGAAUCUGUAGAGACAAAUGACUAUGACGUGACUAAAGAGAGAUCAGGAAGGUGUAAGGUGUGUUUCCCACAGAUGUGAGGAAAAUGCAAAGCAGGAAUUAGCGUGAGAUUCGUAUGCUUUAAGACUGCAUGAAAGAGUGAUAUCCAAAUGUGUUUUGAUGUUGUUUAAACCACUAGUCAGUAUGUUUUUGUAAAAUCCCAAUCCUCACUGAAUAUGAUUCCCGACUCUCUCUCUCUGUCUCCUCUGAGACUGUGACAGUAUCAUUGUAGUCCUGAUAAACCUCUGGUGUGGAAAAAAAAAAAAACAAUAACAAAAAAAAAACACCCUCCUUCCUGCACACCAUUGGACUUCUCUCAGUAUUUGACUGUAAUAUUGAAGUAUUCAACCUUAUUUUGUUAUCUUCUUAACUGGAUUGGAUAUAUUGACAGUUUAUGUUCUGUGCUGGCUUAAUAUUGUUUCAGAAAAUAAGCUUUUCUUCUUCCAAUAAUGAAUGUAUAAUGUGUAGAUUUUUAUAUAACACAUACAGAAUCCAUUGUCAAAAUAAUUUUGUCAAACAGAUAAGCUAAAUUUGUAAACUGCAAUAUGUAAAAAAAGAAAAAAAAAGAAAAAAAAAUUAAAUGUUUAUCAGAAGGACUGUGUGAUUUAAAGAAAGGUAAUGCUAUACACUGAAAACUAGAUAAUUUCAAGUUGGUUGCCAAAUAAAGAGUUAUAUUGA